AUGCCGAAUACGAGGGACGUCAUCUCCUCGGCUGGCGGCGGCACCGACACGCUAAUGCAAAACAUCGCCGCGACGACUACGCAUACGGGUGUGGUCAAGGUGGCGCGUCUCCCAGCGGUGCUGUCCACGACGGACGACGUAGCCUUCGCCCUCUACGCUACCGUCGAGAACCUCCAGAACGUCCCGCUGGUCUUGUGA